AUGUCUGCCUGUGGCGCUGUGUUCAAGGUGUUCUCAAAGACGGGUGAGAGGAUGAACCGGCAGUUUGUUGAGGAUCGGGCCAUGGUGAUUGACCCGCUCCCUUUUAUCUGGAAUGUCAAAGGACCUGGGCCUCACUACUGUCUUGAUAUGAAGAUGUCCCGGCUCAAAGGACUGGCCUUCGCCUUUGAAUUCGGAUCAGUGAACCCCAGGAUCGUUAAACUUGACAUCUCUUUAAAUGAGCUGGAAGAACUGCAGCCUGAAGCGCUUUUUCCUUUUGAGAAUCUCUCUGAAUUGGAUGCAUCCCUCAAUGCUUUAGGCGUCAUCAGAGGGAUUGAAGUUCUUCCCAACCUCGUUGUAUUAAACCUCAGUCAUAAUGCACUCAGAGACCUGAGAAGUUUAGAAAACUGCAUCCACCUGUCUGUGCUGAAUGUUUCUCACAAUCAAGUGAGAGCCCUGGGGGACAUGCCACUCCUGAGCAACCUGACGCGGCUUCACUUGGGUUCCAACAAGCUGAGGUCUCUGGAAGGCAUUCAGAAUUUGCCCCAGCUCUGUGAACUCUAUGUCCAGAAGAACCGGAUUUCCAGCUUACUGCCUCUUUCUUCCUCAUUGGCUCUCAAUGUACUGGAUGCUGCCAGCAAUGAGAUCAGCUCCCUACAGCAGGCCCUGCAUGUGCUUGGAGGACUCCGCAGGCUGAGACAUCUCAAACUCCAGGGCAACCCGCUGGCCCGGGACAGCCGCUACGUCGCUGCAAUCAAACAGGCCACUUCUGUGGAGACCCUGGACCACGCGCUUCUCAGGGACCCACCUCACCGCUCAGCCUUGUCUUUGUUCAGCUGGUCUCUACUCAGAGAAUCAGUGGCCGGUUCGAUGGACUCAGGUCCAACCAAGGAGGAUCUGAAAAAAUCAGCUAGUAGGAUCUUCCUGGAGAGACUGCAGCGUAAGACGGAGAGCACUGAGCACGCUGUACAUCACUUGCACAGCAGAAUACUGGACCUGCGGGAAGAGCUGAGAGAAUACGAAGAAACCUUCAGAACAGAAGUGGAUGGCUGCAUAAGGUACAUCGACGCUCUCCCAUCUGAGGAUUUCCAGGGCUUGGUUAAUCCUCAGGAGAUCCCGAAUGCCAUGGAGAAGUAUCUGUUCACCAAGUUCUGGGAGAGAUGGCAGCAUGGCAGAAGGAAGCCGGCCAAUAUACCCUACAAGGAGCUGACCAAACCUGAGGAAGUGAUUAAAGCUGCGGUUCGGCUGCUUUCGAACCCACCACUCCAUCCACCUCCUGACGAUGCCAACAUCUGAUGCCAUUUCUGAUACCUGAACUAUCAGUACGAGUGUUAGGCAGAAACUGAUGAGAUCCCAUUCCUCCCUGGUCUGGCUGAGUGGCUUUGCUGCAAGGAUUCCAUGGCCGAGGCGUGGGAGGCCAUUCUGGUGCCCUGUUCACCUCACUUGGUUGGGUCUCUCUGGAGUUCCUCACAGCCUUCUUCAGUCCCGACUAACCUAAGUAAUUUUGCAUCAGCUGCAGAUUUUACCACCUCAUUGCUCAGCCCCCUUUCCAGAUAUUCAUAGAUAUGAAGACCAGAAGGGACCAUUAUGAUCAUCUGGUCUGCCGUCCUGCAUAACACAAGCUUGGAUCCUCACCCAAUAGUUUCUGCAGCAAGACCAUAUCACUUCCAUUUGAGCUGCGGCAUAUAUCUUACAAAGACAUCCCGCCUUGAUUUAAAGACUUGACAUGAUGGAGAAUCCACCACAACCCUUUGUACGUCAUACCCAUGGUUAAUUGCCCUCACUGGUAAAAACAUGUGCCUUAUUUCUAGUGGUAAUGGAGCUGCAGGGUGUGCCAUCAUUAACCUUUUGCCAUGUUGAACAUGGAUCAUUUCUUCCUGCUCUUUGUUCUCUGCCUCUUGCUCACUUGCAUAGAAUCCUUCUAAUCCCUGACUAUGCACUUGCCGCUCUCUCUCCAUGACUACAGAGGGCUUGUCUGGGAAUUUGACUAGCAUAGGUAUAGCAGAAUAAGGGCUUGUCUACAC